AUUGCAGAGUGGAAAGCUUUGUGUUUCAUUGCGAUUUUGUUCGCUGUUACUGGUCAGAGUGUGAACUCACAGGCCUCAGAUUGCUCAAGUAAUUGGCAGAAGGCAAAUACCGCUCCAGUGUGUUUUGGUGCUAGGGAUACUCAGUUUGGAUCCUUCUACCUUCCAUCUGGGGGCGGACUGGUUGCUAUAAAGUUAGUCCACCGGUAUGGUUACGUGUCCUGUGCCGUUGGAAAUCCCCAACACUGGUCGUUUUGGGGGUGUGGUCCCCAUAACCUUGUAUCACAAGAGGUUAAUGUGGUCAUAACAACAUCGGACAACAAAAUCAUCUUGCCGCCGGGACAGUUCAUGAAGAAAAACCAAGGAGGAAAGUGGGCCAGGGUUCCCGGAUAUAACUCAAUUUCCAAAGAGAUUGUGCUGACCACAUUUAGCGACCCUUAUCCAGUACUUGCAGGUCAGCAGCUACGCCUUUGGUACGGCGAGGAUCUGCAAGGUUACACUGAAGUCGACAACGGAGGCAGAGUUUGUUGUGAUGUUUAUGCUCAGUUUCAAACAUAGCUGUCUUUAUUAUAGUGGCCACAUUUUUCUUAAGUUACAUUAGGUGCAAUAAUCAAUGCGAUGGUCUUAGAAU